AUGCUCAAAUCUAUCCGUCGCUCUUUCGGCAUGAGCCCGAGCUCGUCUGCCAAUCAGCUCGAUCAACUAGGCAACAGCGACGCCCCUGCUGGCGUCCUCUCACCCUCCAACAAGCCAAACACCUUUGUGCCUCUGCGCAGAUCCAGCAGCUUUACCAAUUUUUUCUCGUCAUCACGAUCCACCUCGCCAGUCAAGGAAUACAAUGAUCAGAGCAGCUCUCAUGCUGUCACAUCUCCCACCAAGGCCUCGGCCUCGGCACAGAUUGCACAAACACAGACGGAUUCCGACGCUGUUCUUGCCUACCUCGUACUGCUCGACAAGAAGGGCAGGCAGAAAGAGCGCUUCCCAAUCCAAACUCUCAAGACCACCAUGGGUCGCUCUCUCGACAAUGACGUUCGCUUCCUUGUCAACGAUGUCAGCCGACACCAUUGCACCAUUGAGAUCGAGAUACAAGGGGGGCAGCGCAGCGACGGCAAUGAGGCUUUCUUGCAGGUUCUAGGUGCCAACGGAGUACUGCUCAACGGUAUGCAGGUGUACCCUGCGCCUCGCGGAAUUGGACGAUACGAGCUACACACUGGCGACUCCAUCGUUGUUGCCAAACGCUCUUUCGUAUUUGAACUCCCACAGCUCGCACAUGCAAGCUCGCCAUCGGCAGAAGCCAGCAUGUUCUCUUCGCCCGUCAAGGCAAGCGCAAAAGCUGAUCCGCAAACACCCGCCACAACCAACAGAAGAAGGGUCAGAAUGAGUCUCGUCAAUGCCGCUCAGAUCAACACACCCGCUCGUCCUUCCCAAAACUCCGCCUCAUCAUCCAAGAACGGCAACGCAGAAAGGGACGCUCGCAGGGCAAACGGCCUCGAGCGGUUCAUGCAGACGGCCAACGUGAGCCCUUCCAAGGCAAACAAGAACAAGUCGCGCCAAAGCCUCGCCUCAUCUGUCAUUGUCACCGACUUGUUUGGCACACCCGCCAAGAGCCACAACUCCUUGGUAGAGCCCAAGACUGCACCGCCCAAGCAAGUCAGCUUCAGUCUCUAUGCCAACUCGUUCAUCGGCAGACUUAGCCCCGUCAAGCAGAUGAGGAUGAUGCCUCCCCUCGACACCAUGGACGAGGAACAGGAUGGCAGCUUCAGCAGCGACAACCACCAACCAAAGGAGGACGUUCAAGCGCAGCAAGAAGUACAUACCGCUUCUACAGACGACAAGUCGACCGAAGAUAUCAUCAUUGUCGAGGAGCUCGAGCAAGACCAAGAAGAGCUUGCAGACGUCCCUGAGGAGACUGACGACGCCAACACAGCCUUCGACGACGCGGAAAACUCGGAGAACAUCCCACCUCCUGCUGAUGACGCCGACUCCACACCCAGUUCCUCGCCAAGCAAGGGUGGCAGUCCCAAGCGUGCAAAGCGUCGCAGCAGCUUCUUCGGCCGUGCUGGACCAUUCCGAGGCAUGAGCCUCGGAUUCUAUGCCGAAGAGCGUACGGAAGAUAAAGAGGCACAGCCCCAAUCUUCCGAGCCUCAGCAAGCGGUUCAGAACGAAGAGGCGGAGGAAGAGUUCUCCGAUGCAUCCGAUGUUGAGCCAGCACCGAUGGAGGAGGAAGUAAUGGUCCCUGAGCAGCUCGCAAGCCGGGCAGGCCGCCGCGUUGUGUCCAGAUCCAUUAAGCUAGGCAUCAGCAAGACACCUUCUCCUGUCAAGCACCAACACUUUGUUGGCCUCACACCGCUUCCGCGACGCCCUCGACUCAGUCUCGCCUCUCGACGCAAGGUUUCACUGCGCACCCAAACGCUGCUCCGAUCCAGCGAAGCGUACUCCGAUCGGCUCUUCUUGCCUCCAGCGCCCGGUACACAGCGUAGCAGCAGUCCGUCUGGCCUCUCCAAGUCCAUGUCGAUGCCCAACAACAUCUCUGACUUGGCAUCGGCGCAGGUGAUUACCGCGCUCGACGCCUCGAUUGUAGAGACUAGCAUGCAUGCUGACGAUCUCCGUGCCGAACGAGUCGACGCGGAUGUCCUUGACACUGCGCCCGACCCUGCGUCGGACGAGGAAGCUCAAGUAUGGAAGGACUCGGAGGACGACGAGGAUGAAGUCGACCAAAGCCUCUCUGUGCUUUCGCCAUCGCCAAAGAAGGCACCCACGUAUGACUUCAGCCCCGUCAAAGCCUCCUUGCUGCCCCAGUUCGCCACUCCUCAACCUGCUUCCAAGACCCACUCGCGCCGCAUCUCGAUGCCGCCGGCUGGCGCUGCAGAUGCCAAGUCGUCGAACCGCUCCGCCUUGAUCCGCCUUCAGAUCAGUGGAGAGGGCGAGCGUAUCGUCCAUGAGGUCGCCCGGGAAGAAGAACGAACCGCUGCCGACAAGGUCAGUGAGGCGAUGCAAUCAUCCCCUUCCAAAGCAAGAAGGGUCGUUCGUGUGUCAGACGUCGGUCUGCCAGCUACGGAGCUCUCGAUGGGUUUCGAUCUAGUCGAGGAUGCAGCGGCCGAGCCAGAGUCCAGCAAGAUCGCACAGGCUCUCAACGAUCUCUUCACGGCAGAGGAGGAAGAGCUGACCGACGAUGAGGAAGACGAAGAGCUCGAGCAGCAGGAAGAGAUUGUCCAGAUCAGCUCAAAGAUCCACCAGAGCCCCUCGCGACCAGUCGAGGCACGCACUGCGCCCUUGCAGCCUCCUCAGACGCCAGCAGCGCUCAACUCGAUGCGUCAUCUCUUCUCCGCUGCUUCUGCUGCCCCUGCUACGCCAGACAUGCAGGGUCUCGGCGACAUACUCCAACCCAACCCGGAAAAACCACCUCAAUACGGCGUUUUGGGCGACAGGAUGCGAGCCAACCCGGAGAUUGUCGAACUCCUGUCUCCAUCCAGGUCGUCGCCCAGGAAGAAGGCGAUGCUCGGCUCUAGCCCCGUCAAGGGCAGACGUGGCGUUCGUCGAAGCCAAGCAGCCGAGGUCGCUGUAUCGACGCCGGCCACUCCGAGGGCGGCGCCUGCUCCUUGUUCGGCCGCAGCGACUCCAGUGCCGGCAGCGGUGGAGCCUGUUGCAUCGCCAAUGCCAGCAGGCUUUGAGGCAGAGUUGCAUGUGACCAUGUUUGAUGCAUCUGCGAUGGAUGCAGAGAACGAGGCUCUUGCACAGGCGCUGACCGAGUCCGAGGAGCAAGUUGUCCACGACGAGCAGGAAUCGGAAGCUGUUGCAGCAGAGCCAACUGUCGCAGAAGAUCUUGAAAACGACGAUGCCAUGGAGGAGCAGCCGCACGCUUCUGUGCAAGAGAGCGAGGAGAGCGAACAAUCAUCGGAGCCGAUUACAGAGCCGGAAGCCGCGGAGGUCGUCAAUGCAGCGGAGGAAGCAGACGCUGUUUCCGCCGAUGUUGCACCCGUGCAAGAACAACUCGCCAGUCCAGAGAAGCCUGCAGCAGCUGAGGCAUCACCUUUGAAGCCUCGAGCUUCUCGUCGCGCUGCUUCAGCCUCCCCUAAGAAGCGCACCGCUCGAUCUGCGUCUCCGACCAAGCGUGCGCUGCAAUCCUCACCGAUCAAGCGAUCUGCCGCUCCCGCUGGCCCUGCUCGAGAUGUGCUUGCACCGCAGACCGAGAUCUCUCAGGAGACAACAGAGGAGGCACACACGGAAGAAGUCCAUGAAGAGCAAGACCCAGUCGAGGAAGAAGCGUCGUCUCCCUCUAAACCUACACGCCGGACGGGCUCUCGAAAGGCCAAGCAGGCAGCUGAGGAAGCUAUCACGGCCACGCUUGCUCCAGCGGAGGCGGUUCAGCAAUCGUCGCCUCAGAAGCCUACCAGACGAGGCAAGGCUGCUGCUGCUGCGGCCAAAGCGGAGGAAGUGGAGCCAGUGCAGGCAGAGGAGGUUCAGGAGAGCGAACAGGCCGCAGAGAGCCAGGAAGGAGCAGACGAAGCAGAGGUCGAAGAACCGCCCAAGCGAGCGGCACGAACACGCACCACUCGUGCCACGGCUGCUACAAAGCCUGUACGCACCACCCGCACUCGAGCAGCAAAAGUGGCUACUUCUGACCUCCCGUCUUCCAGCGCGGGCUACGGAGACGAUGAGGCGAGCGAAGCUGACGAACCGGCGAAACCCAAACACACUACCACCGCGGCUCGCAAUCGAUCCACUCGCGGCAAAGCCAGCAAGGCGGCAGCAGCAGCCGAAGCGACCGAAGCCGAAGCCGAAGAAGAUUCAGAGGAGCAGGAGGAGCAGGAGGAGGAAGUUGCCGCUGCUGCACCCAAGACCACGCGUGCACGAGCUGCUGCUACUCGAUCCACGCGUGCAAACUCCGCUGCUGCCACCACCACCGCUACAGCUACAAGGGGAAGGAGCAAAGCGAAAGCUUCUUCCGCAGCUGAAGAGCAGGACGCAGCUUCGUCUUCCACCACCACGACUACGACGCGUUCGGGUCGUACCACCCGAAGGACCGCGGCCGCCAAGUGA